AUGGCUGAAGAGCAUGCCAAGUUCAAGCGGUUCGAGUACCGAACCAACUCGAAUUUGGUGCUGCAGCGCGAAGGCGCUGCCCCCUCCGCAAAUGAGCCCACCGGCGAGCCGGAGUCCUUGCGGCACUACAACCUGCACAAAAUGGGCGAUCUGGCCCGCGGCGACAAGCGACAGCUGGACCAUUUAAAAGACGUGAAAAAGAAGCGCGCACGGGAUCCAAACGCGGAGGCCAAGGGCGACAAACAAGAUCGGAAAAAAGCGAAAUUAGAGCUGAGAAAAGGUAUUCUUGAGGCUCAUUACGUAUGGUGUUUUAGUUUUCUUUUCAUCAGUCGGUCGAUGAAGUUCAAGCGGGGACGCCCUCCUUUAUCGAAUGUUUUUUUGCUUUUCCGCGUGGUUUUUCUAGUGAAUCGCAUGUAAAAAUCUACUUUCUCCUCAGGCGCCACCGUGCUGGAUCAGGAUGUCACAGAGGUGGUUUCCUACAAGCCCACCACCACCGCCACAAAGGCGGUCUACGAGGAACUGCUGAACGUGAUGACGACGGUGCUCGGCGACCAGAGCCCCGAGGUGCUUGCGGGGGCGGCGGACGAAAUUCUAGCGGCCAUCAAGGCGGAUAAUUGCCUUGACGCGCAACGCAAGCGCAACGUCGAAGAGGUUCUGGGCGCGGUCACCAACGAAUUCUUCGGCGAGCUUUACCGACUCGCCAAGCAAGUCACGGACUACGGGGCCGACGACGUAUUGUUUUUACGGACGUUGAACAAAAUGAAAAAUUAAACUGCAAUUCUAAAUUGAAAUUGUUCGUAGAUUAUCGGCGGUGGCCCGUUCGUAGUAGACGUAAAAUCUGUCGUAAAACAUAAACAUCUAUGAUUUCCACACGCACUGCACAACUACAUGCUUGCUUCGAUCCAUGCAUUCCUUCAAAAUCACAACAGGCAAAGGACGAAGUGAAAGAAGAUCGCGCAGAAGACGCCACCGGUGUAGCAGUGGUUUUCGAAGAGGAAGACUCUGACGACGGCGAGAAGUAUGUCGGUGAGCUUACCGAAAGCAGCGACGAUGAUAGCGAGAACAGGGAGGAAAACCUCCUCCAAGCGGAAGACAGAGGUAAUCAGCAGUUUUCGUAUAUCCUUGAAUCAAUUGCAACAGCCUUUCGAAGUUUGUAAAAUCAAGGUGAAACAAAAAGAAUUUUUGACACUUAAGUAUUUGCAUAAAAAACCUACUCGCGACUACAUCACAGGCAUCAAGGUCGACGACGAGGUCGACGACGAAGACAAGGAGCAGGAGAACGAGGACCUGCCCGUGUCCGUUAUCGACGCCCACUGGCUGCAGAGAGUCUUAUCCGAGGUUCUGAACCAGGACCACGAGAAGGCCGCGGAACUGGAGAAGAAAAUUCUCCAGGCGCUGGCCAUCCAGGACGUGCAGCUCCUGGAAAACAAGCUCGUGCAGCUGCUGGAGUUCCAGAACUUUGAGUUUCUGCAGAAACUGGUCCGGAAUCGGAGCAAAAUCCUGUUUAUGACGAAGCUGAAGCAGGCCCAGACGGACGAGGAACAGGCCCAGAUUCUGGAGGCCAUGAAAGAGUCCGAGGAGGGCCAGGCGGUCUUGGCCGAGUUGGACAAGUCCAAGGCGAAGCGCGACAAGGAGAAGGACGAGGUCACGCGCCUGCGAAACGAGGCGAGAGUGCUGAUGAAGAAAAAACGCGACGACGGGGUGGAAGACGCCGAAAUCGCCACCGUGCAGGACAGCGCCACGGGCGCGGUCGCCGCGAAAAAACUCCAGCCCAGCAGGGUCAUCGAUCUGGAACAGGCCAGCUUUCACAAAGCGGGACACACCAUGACCAAUUCGACAUGUACUAAAUGUUGAGCUUGAUUUUGCAGUUUUGUAGAUCAUUACAAGAAGAUGAUUAUUUCGUAUCCAUCCAACAGUACACUCGAAUCUUCGUUGUUCCUCGUAGGUCGCUCCCUUCAUUCACAGAAAAUAAGCCAGAGUUACUUUAGAUCAACCUGUCGCACUAUCACCCUCCAAACAACAGGUCACUUGAAAGAGGGUGCGAAGCGUGAGAUGAAGAAAGCUUGGGAGGAGGUGACGAUUCCGGCCCCGGCCGCGGCGGAGCACGGCGACAUUAAGCUGAUUGAAAUCACCGAACUGCCGAAGUUCGCGCAGAACGUGUUCCGCGACGACAAGGAUAAGUUCAUCGUGCAGCGACUGAACCCGGUGCAAAGUAAGGUGUUUCCCAUCGCGUUCAAGCAGUUCGACGAAAACAUGCUGGUGUGCGCGCCCACCGGUGCGGGAAAGACAAACAUUGCGUUGCUCACCAUGAUGAACGUGAUCAUGAUGCACUUGAAACGCGUCGACGAGCUGAACACCGACGAGGUGGCGGUGGACAAGGACGCUUUCAAAAUUGUCUACAUCGCGCCCAUGAAGGCGCUGGUGCAGCAGUUGGUCGGGUUCUUCAGCCAACGGUUCGAGAAGUACGGGCUGUCCGUGGGGGAACUGUCCGGGGACAGUACCUUAUCGAAAUCGCAGAUCGCAAAAACGCAAAUUCUCGUCACUACGCCGGAGAAGUGGGACAUCAUCACGCGAAAAUCCGGGGACAGCCGCGCGAACAUGCAUUUGGUGCGGUUGGUGAUCAUCGACGAAGUGCACCUGCUGCACGACCAGCGCGGCACCGUGCUGGAAGCGAUCGUGGCGCGGACGCUGCGACAGGUGGAGCGCACGCAGGAGCCGAUUCGGCUGGUGGGUUUGUCCGCGACGCUCCCGAACUACACCGACGUGGCCGCGUUUAUGCGGGUCACGGAAAAGGGGUUGUUCAAGUUUGACAACUCCUUCCGGCCCUGCCCGCUGCAGCAGACCUUCAUCGGGGUCACGGACAAAAAAGCCGUGCGGCGCAUGAACACGAUGAACGAGGUGUGCUUCGAGCAGGUCGUGAAGAACGCCGGGCAGAACCAGAUGCUGAUCUUCGUGCAUAGCCGGAAGGAAACGGCGCGCACAGCGAAAACGUUGCGCGAGAUGGCCAUGGAGAACGACGUGGUGCCUCGGUUUUUGGCGGGCAACAGUGCGACGAAGGAGAUUCUCGCGGACCAGGCGCAGGAGGCGCAGUCCCGGGACCUGUCGGAGCUCAUGCCCUACGGGUUCGCCAUCCACCACGCCGGGCUGUCCAAGCAGGACCGUUCCCUCGUCGAGGAUCUGUUCGCGGACAAGCGGAUUCAGGUGCUGGUCUGCACGGCGACGCUGGCCUGGGGUGUCAACCUUCCCGCGCACACCGUGAUCAUCAAGGGGACGCAGGUGUACAAGCCGGAUUUGGGCAAGUGGGACGAGCUCGGGUGCCUGGACAUGCUUCAGAUGAUGGGCCGCGCGGGGCGGCCGGGGUACGAGAAGGAGGGACACGGGAUCAUCAUCACCCAGCACAGCGAGCUCCAGUACUACCUGAGUCUGAUGAACAUGCAGCUCCCCAUCGAGUCCCAGAUGAUCGCGGAUCUACCGGACAAGCUGAUCGGGGAACUGGUGCUCGGCACUGUGCAGAACCGCGCUGACGCCGUCACGUGGUUGGGUUACACCUACCUCUUCGUGCGCAUGCAGAAGAGUCCGCAGCUGUACUCUGUU